AUGGGAGGGAUGCGCUCACCUAUGCCGUACCGGGAGGGCCCUCUUGCUUAUGAGCCGGCGAUUUUCUGCAGAUGCGACAGGAAGGCGCCCCGUUGGAUCUCAUGGAGCGAUGAUAAUCCGGGGCGCAGGUAUCUCAGAUGCAUUGCCGCAUGGACAAUCAAUGAUUGUAGUUUCUAUGCAUGGUUUGAUGGGGAGCACACGCCAUUUUUGAAGAACUUGCUUUUGGAUCUUCGUGAUGCUGUUUGGAACCUAAGGAAUGAGAAUGCCCAACUAAAGCAACUGAAUUUGCAAGGCACUGGUGAUGUUGUUUGCAACUUGAGGAGGGAGAAUGCUCAUCUAAAGCAGAUGAAUGAAGAGUUACAGAGGAGCAAUGAAGUUAAGGAGGCUGGCAUGAAGGCAAAGAUUAAAGAGUUGGAGGACAAGGAUGUUGCAUUGGGAACUAUGGCCACCAUGUUAAGAUCUGGGAGUAGAUGUAGCUCAUGUAGCUGGGUUUGGGUUGUUGCAGGUUUUCUAUGUGGCCUGUGUUUUGGCCUGAUGUUUGGUGCAAUGUGA